AUGGAGCUCAGCAAUUUGCUCGCGGCCGUCGCGCACCCGCGCGUCGAGCGACUCACGCUCGAUCUGCUGGACGUCCCUGCGACCCCGCGGCUCGGGCACUUUCUGGCAUCGUGGCUUUCGACUGCACCGAGAACGAGUCUGGACAUGGUCGACGUCGCCCACAUGGACGACGACGCGGCGAUUGCAUUCUGUGACGCGCUUCAAGCCAACACGACGCUUGACACGCUUGUGCUCAGUCGUGUUAACAACCUCAUGGGCUUCCGCGGCCGCACGCUUCCGAUGUCCUUGCGGCAUUUCGAAUGGAACGCAUGCUUCCACGACCCCAACGUCGAUGAUGCAACGAUCAACCACCUGGCUAUGGCCGUGGGCCCAACACGGCUACAGCACUUUGGCUCCAGCGUCUUUGGCAAACUUGCGCAGUGCAUGGCCGCCGCACCGAUGCUAGCCCAACUGACGUGCCUCGAGGUCCACGCGCUGCCGGCCGCCGGCGUUGAAGCACUCAUCGCUGGCUUGUCGACGGUCCCGGCGCUCACCACGCUGGGGCUUGAGCACUGCGCGAUCGCCAAGGAUGACGCGGCGGUGCAGCUCAUGGCGGCGCUUGCGACCUCGUGCACGCGUCUGAGUCGCCUCCAGUUGAAAGAACACGCCAUGUACCACGAUGGCGUCGCGGCGGUGCUGCCUGGCGCAUGGCGCUUGCCGCAGCUGACGUGGCUGGACGUCUCGCCACGCUUCAAUGCCAUGGCGCUGCCAAAUCUGCUGUACAUUCUCAUGGAGCUCGUCGCUGCGGGCCGCCAUGUCCGUGAGCUCCACUUGAAGACGGCGAUGCGGCAGAUAACCAUCAAUGGAGACCGCUCGCCACUCGGUAACGACAAAGAGCAUAAGUGCGCCGUCCUGCGCGCGCUCGCCAUGAUCCACGACGUUCCGUUUGUUCUGGAUCAGUUUCCAGCCGACGUCGAGCCACAUGUGGUCGAGGCGCUUGGUGCGACCGCCGACCGUGCGACUCGUUGCCAAUUGCGUUUAUACUUUUAA